AUGUACGAUGAAAUGGGAUAUGGAGAUUAUGGCUUCAGGGACGGGUACGACCAUCACCGCCGGCACGGCAAGUACUCGCGCUUCGGCAGUGGUUACCACGACCUGCCGUAUGAGGCUUCACGCCGAGCCCACAGGCCACGAAUGGAGUUCGACUUCGACUAUGAUGACUACGAUCGCGACUACGACUAUUACUACGACCCCCUCUUCGGUGAUUCCCAUUACCGGGAUUAUGAUUACGAUGACUUCUACUAUCCACAUAAUCGUUACUAUUAUGAUCACUGGGCUGACUACGACUUCCCAUAUGAGGAUGACUACUAUCCCUAUUACGGUGGAUACGAGCCGGAGCUACACUAUGGAGACUUCUAUGGUGACUACGACUUCCCGGAGUACGAAAUGGACAGGCACUAUGGUCACUUUGCCAAUCGUCAUGACUUUGGGUACCCCUACCACGGAAUGCACUACUAG